AUGGAUGAGCUCAUCUCAGAACUCAGAAGCACACAAGCAAAAGAGGAGAGGCAAAUAGGCUCUACAGUGAAUACAAAUGAUCUUCCCAUCAGCAAUGCAACGUCAAAGGGAUUGUCCAAUGAAGUUCCUCCAGAUCCGUUUGUUCAAGAAAAUCUCGAAGAGACUCCGGAUUCUGAGGAAGAUACAAAGGAUGAUUGCCAUGAGCUUACGUCCUCUCAAGUUCCUAUAUCAUUCCACAUAAUGAAGCUUGACUUUGAUGCACUGGCCCAGGUAAAGAAAGAAAACCAGGUGGAAAUAGGUAUAGACAAGAUAAAAUGUUGCAAAAAAUAUAAGAUCGAGAAUGUGUUUGCAGGGAUUAUCAAAAAGUUAAGUGUAUUUGGAGCCGACACCGCCUGUCUAGAACUUGUGGAUGAAAGUGGAUCAAUAUGUGGGUCUUGUCCCUUGGCUGUAGUAGAUGAGUUUGGAUUAAAGGUGGGGACCAUUGUACUGUUAUCUAAAUGCUCCUUGUGGAAGAUUAAUGGAAACCAUCUGAACAUAGUGGGAGCAAACAUAAGAAAAGUCAUUUAA